CGUCGCGCCCCACGCUCGGCACUGAAGUCACCGUGGAGCUCCGCCACCACCGCCCCCCAACUUCCUCCUCCAGCGAGAAAUAUGGGAUGUAUAAAAUCAAAAAGGAAAGACAAUCUGAAUGACGAUGGAGUAGAUUUGAAGACUCAACCAGUUCCAGAAUCUCAGCUCUUGCCAGGACAGAGGUUUCAAACAAAAGCAUCUUUCUCUGUGGAAACUAGACAUGGAGAGUGGUGGAAAGCGAAAUCCCUUUCAACAAAGAGAGAAGGCUUCAUACCGAGCAAUUAUGUAGCCAAAGUCAACACCUUAGAGACAGAAGAGUGGUUUUUCAAGGAUAUAACCAGGAAAGAUGCUGAAAGACAGCUUCUGGCUCCAGGAAAUAGUGCCGGAGCCUUUCUCAUCAGAGAGAGUGAGACAUUGAAAGGAAGCUUCUCUCUGUCCGUCAGGGAUUCUGACCCAGUGCAGGGUGAUGUUAUUAAGCACUACAAAAUUAGAAGUCUGGACAAUGGGGGUUAUUACAUCUCUCCACGAAUCACUUUCCCUUGUAUCAGUGACAUGAUUAAGUAUUAUCAGAAGCAGUCUGAUGGCUUGUGCAGAAGAUUGGAGAAGGCGUGCAUUAGUCCCAAACCACAGAAACCAUGGGAUAAAGAUGCCUGGGAGAUUCCACGGGAGUCAAUUAAGUUGAUGAAGAGAUUGGGUGCUGGCCAGUUUGGAGAGGUCUGGAUGGGUUACUAUAAUAACAGCACUAAAGUGGCUGUGAAAACGCUGAAGCCAGGCACCAUGUCAGUGCAAGCCUUCAUGGAGGAAGCGAACCUCAUGAAGACACUGCAGCAUGACAAGUUGGUGCGGCUCUACGCUGUGGUCACCAAGGAGGAGCCCAUCUACAUCAUCACGGAGUAUAUGGCCAAAGGCAGUUUGCUGGACUUCCUGAAGAGCGAGGAAGGUGGCAAAAUCCUGCUUCCAAAGCUAAUUGACUUUUCUGCUCAGAUUGCAGAAGGAAUGGCAUACAUUGAGAGGAAGAGCUACAUCCACCGAGACCUCCGAGCAGCCAACGUCCUGGUAUCAGAGUCCUUGAUGUGCAAAAUCGCUGACUUUGGCCUUGCACGCGUGAUUGAGGACAAUGAGUACACGGCACGGGAAGGUGCUAAGUUCCCUAUUAAGUGGACAGCUCCAGAAGCCAUCAACUUUGGGUGUUUCACUAUUAAAUCUGAUGUGUGGUCCUUUGGAAUUCUCCUAUAUGAAAUUGUCACCUAUGGGAAAAUUCCCUACCCAGGGAGGACCAAUGCUGAUGUGAUGGCUGCCUUGUCUCAGGGCUACAGGAUGCCCCGGAUGGAGAACUGCCCAGAUGAGCUCUAUGACAUCAUGAAGAUGUGCUGGAAAGAGAAGGCAGAAGAGAGACCCACGUUUGAUUAUUUACAGAGUGUCCUGGAUGACUUCUACACUGCAACAGAAGGGCAAUAUCAGCAGCAGCCUUAG